AUGCAUCCUAAGGAAGAAAGUGAAGAGCCACAGCAUGGUGCUCGAGAAGUAACGGCAUUACGAUGUGAAGAUGGCGCCACUGAGAAGAACAACAUUACGGAACGUUUGACAGACGUCAACAGUGGUCAGAAGGUGGAGUUACAACCUGCAGCGAAGCCAGCGCACGAUGACAAGCAGGGCGGCGGCACCUGUCAUUGCCGACCGGCUCGCCACCGCCACCCAAAGGGCGGAAUGUUCACAUGUUGCUACCUGACUGAUUGGUCUGCAGCUGACGCUGCUGCUGCGGCUGCGGCUGCUCCUGUUGCUGUUGCACCACCUGCCGUUUUGGGUGAGUACAAGAGUUCAUGUGGUCCGGCCAGUGUAAUUGUUGGCACGUCGUAUUACAGUACACCGUAUUCCAGCAACAGUAAAAGAAGGCCUCAUUUCCACAGUAUGUACACUGCAAAGAGCAACGGAGAGGAGGCGAGGGUUAAUCACUUCCUCUUCACCUUAGCAAACGAUGAGGCUCUCCCUCAAUCUUGA